AUGGAUGAGGCGCAAGUUGUGGAGUCAAAGGAUGGAACCAUCUCAGUUGCUUCUGCAUUUGCUGGUCAUCAGGAAGCUGUGCAAGACAGGGAUCACAAAUUUUUGACAAAAGCAGUGGAAGAAGCAUAUCGUGGAGUCGAUUGCGGUGACGGAGGUCCAUUUGGAGCAGUUGUCGUCUGUAACGAUGAAGUAGUAGUUAGCUGCCAUAACAUGGUUCUGAAGCACACUGACCCUACUGCACAUGCUGAAGUAACUGCAAUUAGAGAGGCUUGCAAAAAGCUUGGGAAAAUUGAGCUCUCUGACUGCGAAAUUUACGCGUCCUGCGAGCCAUGCCCAAUGUGCUUCGGUGCAGUUCAUCUGUCCCGAAUCAAGAGGCUGGUUUAUGGGGCCAAGGCAGAGGCUGCCAUCGCCAUUGGAUUCGACGACUUCAUUGCAGAUGCUCUGAGAGGCACUGGGUUCUACCAGAAGGCCAACAUGGAGAUCAAGAAGGCGGACGGCAACGGCGCGCUGAUCGCUGAGCAGGUCUUUGAAAAGACUAAGGAGAAGUUCCGGAUGUACUGA